CAUUACUCUUCGAUUUUUUUUUUUUUUUUUUAUUUAACAAAAUUGUACCGUGCCAACUAAAAUGGAUAUGACUGCAGAUCAGAUGAAGGAAUUUCAGCGUGCCUUUAAAAUGUUGGACCGAGAUGGAGAGGGUAAUAUUCAGGCGAGAGAUUUGGGCGCGUUUAUGAGAGAUUUGGGAAAGAUGCCCACAGACAGCGAGUUGCAGUCAAUGGUCAACCAGGUGGACACAGAUGGCAACGGGACCAUAGAUUUUGAAGAGUUUGCUAGUGCCAUGAUGGCAAGAAUGAAACAAGUACCAGACGAUGAUGAUCUGCGCGAGGCAUUUAAUGUCUAUGACAAGGAGGGUACCGGUAUUGUAGGACCGGAUCAGCUGCGUUCCGUAAUGAUAGCGUUACGUCUGAAGCCCACAUUUGAGGAGAUUGACGAACUGAUACAAGAAGGCGACGAAGAUGGCGACGGCUUCCUGAGCUACGAAGAGUUCGUCCGUUUGAUGACCCCCCAAUAGAAAACAAUGAAAGAUGAAAGAUCAGAUCUGAACAUAACAUACUACCUAAGCCAGAACAAUUAUUCGUAUUAGAGCAGAAGAAGCGUUUCGAUAAGUUAAGGAUUAUAAAUUAAAUUUGUUGUAUGAACAUUCAGUGAGUAACGGGACUGAACACAGAAUUGUGGGAGUAAAAUUUUUUUUAAAAGAUGUAUCCUACGUCUCGUAUAAUGAAAGCUGGCUCAACUGAUUUAGAUACAAUGCUACAUAUAUAUAAAUAUAGAUAUAUAUAUAUAUAUUUCGAGAAAUAAAAAUUUAGUUGAUUUAAAAAAUGAAAAAA